UGGCGGCGGGGGCGCUGCGCCCCGCUCCGGGCUGAGCGCGGCGCGGCCCCGCGCGGCCCUCAGAGCGGCGGCGGCGAUGUCCGAGCCGGAGCACCUGGGCGGGAAGCGGGCCGAGUCGGCGCGGCUGCGGCGGGCCGAGCAGCUGCGGCGCUGGAAGGGCUCCUUGACCGAGCAGGAGCCGGUGGCGGCGGGGGGCGGCCGUGGCCGGCACCGCGGCGCGGGGGGGUCCCGCGUCCGCUUCGAGGAGGGCGCCGUGUUCCUGGCCGCCUGCUCCAGCGGCGACACCGAGGAGGUGAAGAGGCUGCUGGGCCGCGGCGCCCGCAUCAACACCACCAAUGUGGACGGGCUGACAGCCCUGCACCAGGCCUGUAUUGAUGAGAACCUGGACAUGGUGAAGUUCCUGGUGGAAAAUGGAGCCAAUGUGAACCAGCAAGACAACGAGGGCUGGACCCCUCUUCACGCAGUGGCAUCGUGUGGCUACCUGAACAUAGCAGAGUACCUGAUCAGCCACGGGGCCAACGUGGCUGCUGUGAACAGCGAGGGGGAGGUCCCGUCCGACAUCGCGGAGGAGGCGGCCAUGAAGGACCUGCUUCUGGAGCAAGUCAAGAAACAAGGUGUAGACCUGGAGCUGUCCAGGAAGGAGGAGGAGCAGCAGAUGCUCCAGGACGCCCGGCAGUGGCUGAACAGUGGGAGAAUUGAGGAUAUAAAGCAGCCUCGGACAGGAGCCACAGCUCUUCAUGUUGCUGCAGCCAAGGGAUAUUCUGAAGUCAUGAGGCUCCUGAUCCAGGCUGGGUUUAAUCUGAACGUCCAGGACAAUGAUGGCUGGACUCCACUCCAUGCUGCUGCUCACUGGGGAGUGAAGGAAGCGUGUUCCAUUCUGGCUGAGGCUCUGUGUGACAUGGACAUCAGGAACAAGCUGGGCCAGACGCCCUUUGACGUUGCUGAUGAGGGACUUGUGGAGCAUUUAGAAAUGUUGCAGAAGAAGCAGACUGUGCUGCGAAGUGAGAAGGAGACAAGGAAUAAGCUGAUUGAAGCUGACAUGAAUGGCAAGCCUCAAAACAGACUCUUCACCAACAAAGAGAAGAUUCUUUAUGAGGAAGACACGUUGAAGUCCGUGGAAACUGAGGAAGAGAACAAGGACUCAAGCAGUUCUAGUUCUGAAGAGGAAGAAGCUGAAGAUGAAGUUUCAGAAUCAGAUGCUGAAAAGGAGUCAGAGAGAAAGGAAGAGCCCUUUGCCAACCACUCGAGCCGUGAAUCCAGGCCCAGCAUCACUGAGCCAGCACCUGAGCCCAACUCCUUCACUGCAUCUGCCAGAAGAUUCAGUUGGCUCAGCAAGUCAGACGAGCAGAAGGAUGAGUCGCCUUCAUCGUGGCGGCUGGGCCUGAGGAAGACUGGCAGCCACAACAUGCUGAGUGAAGUCUCUGCCACUCGUGAGGCACAGAAGGAUAAAACUUCUUCCAUCUAUCGCUCCUCGUCCAGCCCUCGGAUUUCUGCACUUUUGGACAACAAGGAAAAGGACAGAGACAACAAGAGUUAUCUUGCCACCAUAGUCCCCAGAAGACUGAGCAGUACGAGUGAUACAGAAGAAAAAGAAAACAGGGAAUCUGCUGUGAACCUGGUGAGGAGUGGCUCCUACACCCGGCAGCCCUGGAGGGACGAGCCAAAGGGAAACGAAGCUCCCCACUCUGGUGCACCCACUACCUAUGUAUCCACCUACUUGAAAAGUGCUUCCUUUGGUAGAAGUAGUGACCUGAGCAGUCCCUACAUUUCAGCCAGUCGCAGUCCAUCUCUAGCUACCUCACCCACUGCCAUUGGCUCAUCUACCUCCCCGGGCACCCCGUGGCAUCCUGUCUCUUGCUGCCCCACCUCUCUCGGUGUGAACACUCCUGCUCCAGCCUGCCACAGCACCAGAGCCCCUUUCAGGCAACAAAGUGAUUCUGCUGUAGAGAAAAACACAGAGGGCAGCUGUGGCAGCACCCCUCUAGGUGUAAUCACAAACCAUGCUGUGCUCGGCGCUGCCAACGGCACCGGGAAUGCCGGGGCUGCCUGCCUGGGGAAGGACCUCUCGGCUGAGGAGGCCAGGGAGCGCAGAAGGUCAUAUCUGACUCCGGUGCGGGAUGAGGAAGCAGAAUCACUGAGGAAGGCACGAUCCAGACAGGCACGGCAGACUCGCAGGUCUACCCAGGGAGUGACCCUGACAGACCUGCAGGAGGCCGAGCGCACGUUCAGCCGGUCGCGCGCGGAGCGCCAGGCGCAGGAGCCGCAGGGUGACAGAGCCGAGGACAGCGGUGACAGAGCUGCACGCUGGGCACGGAGCACGGACGACGAGACCGUCUAUCGGCGACUGAGGGGCCCAGCACAGCCCGACAAACCCACGACGCCUGUGUCUCCUUCCACAGCAGCACCUCUGCUCUAUACAAGCUCAUACCUGACUCGAACAAAUAAAUAUCUAGGGCUGGACUCCAUGAAUCCAGCAGAUUUCAGAGCGGCAGGCACAGAGAUGGAGAAAAAUGAGUGUGAAGAUCAGGAUUCAGACGACAGAUCCCUGAACAAACAGUCAAUCCGAGAGCGGCGACGGCCAAAAGAGAGACGGAGAGGCACCGGCAUCAUCUUCUCCACACAAGAUGAUGAAGAUGAAGUUGAUGGAAACGAGGAAGUGAAGGAAACUCGGCAUGAAAGACUUUCCAGGUUGGAGGCAGCUACAAACCCCAGCACGCGCGACUCGUCCUACAGCGAGCGCGCCUCCGGCCGCUCCAGCGCCUACAGCCGCAGGGAGAACCGGCUCGCCGCGCUCAGCAGCCGCGCCGAGGAGGAGAGCAACAGGGACUACAAGAAAUUAUACGAGAGUGCCCUGUCUGAAAAUCAAAAGCUGAAGUCAAAGCUGCAAGAAGCCCAGCUUGAGCUGGCUGAUAUCAAAGCAAAGUUGGAAAAAGCAGCCCAGCAGAAACAGGAGAAAACUUCUGACCGGUCCAGCAUGCUGGAGAUGGAGAAGAGGGAGAAGCGAGCCCUGGAGCGGAAACUCUCUGAAAUGGAGGAGGAAAUGAAGAUUUUGACAGAGCUGAAGUCGGACAACCAAAGGCUGAAGGAUGAGAACGGAGCCCUCAUUCGAGUCAUCAGCAAACUCUCCAAAUAGGAAUCAGAGCAAAGGGAGGACAAGGAGGGGUGUCCUACACCAGCUGCCAACCCCACCACCGAGCCCUACCCCUUCCUUCCCGUCAGUACAGCAAGUGUUUCAGCCGUGGGAUCAAUGUCACACCUGCCUUGCCCUGCCCUUUGCUGUACAUUCCCUUUCUACCCCUAUUUCCCCCCAACACACCCCCUGCCAUUUUAUUUUUUUUUAAUUUAUGCAUGUUGUGGUAUCUCGGACAUUUUAUUCAAGGGAGAAAUGUGAGGACUGGGUUUGAGCUGCCAAAACUUCUUCCAAAAGCUCAGUGUUUGGUUUUGGACUCUGACCUGGAGUGGGAAGCUCCUACUGUAAAAAGUGACAUCUGAAGAACUAACCCAGCAUGUCCAAGCCCUUUACAGGUGGCUUUACAGGAAAUGUGAACUUGGGCUGGGACUCUGAGGAUGCACAUCAGCCCACUGAGAUGUGGGACUCUGGUUAAAAGUGAUGCUGUGAAAGCCACCAGAGCUCAUGUUUGUCACAGGCUGAUGAGCUGUUUUGCACAGACACCUUCUCCUCUUGCCCCAGUAGACAGAGUCUUUUAUUUUAGAUAAGAUUUUGAACCUGUUCAGUAACAUCAGUGCUGUGCUGACACUCAGUGUCAGACCCUUCUCCCUCAGCCUCCCUGUCCCCCCAGCCUGGGUGAUCCUGUGUCACUUUGUGUCCUUCCAGGGCUCCUGUCUCUGUGGUUGGUAGCAUCCAGUUGCCACCUGGACUCUUGUUCCUUGGCACAGGAUAUAUCCCAGGCACUUGCUGAGCUUUCUGAAGGACAAACUUGAACCCCUACAGCUCCCCUGGGGCUCUCACCUGUGUGUGAGCCUGAAUCACCUUGCAGGGAGCUGUGCCCAUGCCAGAAACCAGGCUCCCCUUCCCAAAAGCCAUCUGGGACAUUCUCCCGCUGCCUCCCUGAAGGCAGAGCCCAUAGCAGAGCCUGGUCUGGUGUUUCAGGUACCUCCCUUUGAUUUGCAGCAGGAUUUGUAGACAGAGGAUGCCAGCAUCCUGUCCCACACACCUUGGAGAGGUCAGGGUGUGUCAGUGCCAGAGGGACAGGGAGCUGCUGGUAACUGAAUCAUGGUAAAUGAAAGUGUUCUGACCUGUCAGAAACUUGUGAUAAGCUUUGACCUUGAAGGAAUCCCCCUGAAAUAUUCCUCUUUAAUGUUACAUGCACUCUAAACAGUUUGGAAUUGUUCUCUCCCAUGGGCAUUUAGACAUUGGCUCCUCUCUCCAUGCUGUGGGACGUCAGCAGUUCUGUUCAGCUUCCCAUUAACAGACUCCUCUCAAACAGUUCCUUCCCUCUCAGAGACAUCCUGCUGUAUCCAAACAUUCUCCCAUCUACAUCCUUCCAUAUUUGUCCUUUCAUCCCCUUUGUCCUUCAACUCCCCAGGCUCUGUCUGGCCAAGGGCAGCAGUUCUUGGUCACUGAACCUGGAGGUGGCCAUGGAGCAGCUCUGCCAUGUUCCUGAGCAGCUCUGCUGGCUCUGGCUGGGGGAGCUCUCCACUACCAGAGAGAUGAGAUACUUGAACAUGAGCAGAAUACUUGAGCUUGCUCAGCAGGGUAAAACUUAUCUCUGUCAGGCAAUCCUGGGCUUUUUCGAACCUUUUGCUGGUUAUUGCCUCAGAAAGCAUCUCUGUUUUCCUCUCUCUGGAGUUUUCUCUCUUUGGUUUUUUUUCCCCCCUUAAUUCUCCAUUUUUCCCCCUUCCCCUCCCUGUCCUGCCCUGUUUCCCCCUCUCUUGCUCUUCCUGGAGCUGCCAGUUCUCCCCAGGCAGCUCUGACCACCAGUUGCUCUUCAGCUGGUGGAGCCAUUUGUGCAGCUGAGGCACUGUUUCUCCUGGUACACUGAGGCCCUGCCUCUGCUGCUGAGCUUUGGGAGGAAGAGACCAAAGCUGGUAAAGGCAUCAGGGUUUCUGCAGAGCACUGCCUAAGCCAGGCAUCCUUUUUAUAUUCCUUGAUUUUAACCCUGCUCUAUUUAACAGCUUUAAGUCUUGAGAUCCAGUCAGUGCUUCCCCUGCACGCCGUCCCUUCCUGGUGCACUCUUUCUGUGAGUACUUCUGCUGUUCUUGGUGUUUUCUCUCUUGGUGACCACUCCUCACUUCAGCCUUGGGCUCUGCUCUGCUCAGGAGCUCAGGGCUCAGGAGCCCUGUCCUUUCUGUGCUCAGGAGCUCAGGGAUCAGGAGCCCUGUCCUUUCUGUGCUCAGGAGCUCAGGGAUCAGGAGCCCUGUCCUUUCUGUGCUCAGGAGCUCAGGGUCAGGAGCCCUGUCCCUUGUGUGCCCGUGGAGCAGGAGGUGCUCCCCAGCUGGGCUGGCGCCUCAGGCUGCACAUCCCAGCAGGAUGAGGAGGAGAGUUCAGAAUCAAGAUCCUGUCCUUCUCACAGGCAGGUUCCUGGCAGCAGGAAGAAGCCUGGUGUUUGUUUUAGGGAGAGGGUUCAACCCAAUCUGACAAAUCCAUCCUGCACUGAUGUUUUGCCCCUUCUUACAGGACACUUCCUGUGCUUUUUCCCAAGGAGCAGAGUGGGAAGGCUGUGGGAGGCUCAUUCUGAGUGGCACCUUGCAAAGCCAAACCACUGUAGCGGCAGUGUCUGCUUAGCACUGGAUUCUCUGAGCCCUGGGCCCCACAGCUCAGUGUCCCUGAUCAGCCAAAGCUGUGAGCGUCUCGUGGUGAUGGCACAACUGCAAAUCACAUUCUUGAGAAUGGAUUUUUUUUGUCUCACUUCAUGCCUGACAUAACCAGUGCACUGAGGAGGUGACAAACAGGACACCUCAAACCCUGUGCUUGGCACAAGGUGCAGAGCAAAUAGGUUUUUAAAAUUGAUCCCUCUUGGAACCAGAGCAUUUGCCAGACGUGGUCUCCCUUGGGGAACAUGAGCUUUUUUUUCUAAGCAAUUGCUUGGGGUGAGUUAAUUUUUAUUGCUUGGGGUGAACCCACCUGUUGUGGCUGCAAGUUUGGUGAUGGCUCUUUGUAAAUAAACUCCUUGGAGAAGCAGGACUGGCUGAUGAGAUGGGGAGAGAAUGUAUUUUUAUGCAACUUUUGAGUGGCCUUUCAAACCCUGAGAUGAAUGAUUUGUUUUACUGGUUGUUGUUAUAUAGUAUUAUAAGUAUUAUGUGUUUGAAAGUUUGGGAAUAAUAUUCACAGCUAUGAUGCUUGUAAACACAACAGUAUUUAUAAAUGAAUAAAGUAAGAGUUGAUAAAAUAGAAGCUUUGACUUUGCUUCCA